AUGUUUAAUGAUCUUCAUCGAAAUAUGGCAGAUUUAUAUUCAACUGAACAACAUCAACGUAUAUCAACAGCUGCUACAUAUUGUCGUGAUCAAAUGGUUGCUGUUCAUUAUCAAUCAUAUUGGUAUCAUGCACAUGUAUUAGAAUUUAAGUCAACAACAAAUUUUGCAUGGGUUCAAUUUGUUGAUCAAAAUGAAAUAUGUGAAUUAGGCACAAAUACAAUGCGACCAUUACACAGACAAUUUCUUAAUUUACUAUUACAAGCAUAUUUAUAUUGUUUAGAUAAUUUUGAUGUAAAUUAUCUAUGGUCAGCACAAGAUAAAAAUGUAUUUAAGAAGAAAAUACGUAAUAAAAUUUUAUAUGCAAAAAAGACUCAUGCGAAUUUAAUUCAAUUAGCUAAAUUUGUUGAUUGUAAACUUGUUUCAUUUGAUUUAUUUUCGAAAAUAUUACAUUAUUUAUAUAAAUCAUCUCAACAAACAAAACCAAUUCAAUUAGCAUCAUUAAAUCAUAAUAAUUUACCUUCAACAGUAACAAAUCUUCAUUAUUCUCAACAAUCAAAUAUUGUUUCACUAAAAGCCUUUUUACUAAUGUCAAAUAAUCAACUAUUUAUUCGUAAUCUUCAAUCAAUAUUACUUGGUAUUGUUAAUAAUGGAAGUAAUCCAGAAUAUAAUCAAACAUCAUUAAUGAUACCGAAGUCAUCGAACUCACCCAACUGAUAGUUAUUCGAACAAAAAGCAUUUUCGUCAACAACAAUAAUAUAUUUGUUAAUCAUACUGUGAUCAAGUUGUUUCUUUUUUUGUCUUUUGUGUAGAGAAUGAAAUAAAAACAGUCUACUCAGAAAAAAUUCUAUGCAUGUCUGUUUCUACUAACUUUUGUUACCGGUUUUUUUUUCUUCUAUGUUUGGUAUGAUAUCGUUUUUCUUGUUCGAAUUAGUUUUUAGGUAUGAACCAGAAAAAAUAAAUGUGAAAGAUUUUGCAGGUUAUUGAUUAAUUUUUCAUCAAGGACAAUCGGAGCUUAUGUAGAAGUCUAAAUUAGAUAAUUUUCUAUAAUUGACUCCAUUUUGAGUAAUAUUUUAUUUAGACUAGGAAUAGGUUAAGAACGAGAAUUUGCAGUACAUGAGACAUAACUAGAUGGACGCUAGAAAGCCUCAGUUCUCUCUUCCAAAAGAUUUUGAACGUUUCUUCUGACAAGUGAUAGAGCUCCGCUUGAAAAUGUGCUUGAGAAGCUUAAUAGAAACUCUUCACC